AUCUUUGUACAACUUUUAAUCACUAGAUGUUUCAUUUUCUGAGCCUUUACCCAGUUUCCAACCUAAUUUCUGGUGCCAUAUGUUUGAUGCGUACUUUACAGUUCGAAGGCUGAUGUAUUGCUCCUGACACAUACAGAGAUUACCAGUAAAUCAAGCUGGUGAUGGUUAAGGAACAUGAACUCAAAUCUUUUUGGAUAUUUCUUGGUUUGAUAUAUGGUUGAUCAUGUCAUCAUUUAUCUUUUUGAGAGGUCAAGAACAAUAAUUUGGUCAGAUAUGCCUUUGUGAAAUAACUACUGAUGGUUUGCCUCAGAUUGUCUAACCUGACUUCAAUUGGCACUCAAAAUUUAAUCAGAGGAACCAUAUUUCUCCAGCUCAUUGGGUCCGCUUAAUUCCAGUUGAUAGUGUCAAGGAAGAAUGCUCGUGACGAUUUACAUUGAGGCCCAAGGGUUUGGAAUUCACAAUUAUGUGCAGGAGCCAAGAAGAAGGAAAAGAGGAUGAGGAGGAGGAACAAGAAGAAGGAGAGGAUGAUGACAGAAUGUCAAGUUUGAAGGGUCCUAAUUUAAGCCUUAUGGCACUUCCCAAGUUUCAGAGGCUUUUCAAGAAUUUCAAGAACUUGUCCCACUUAUUUGUGGAUAAGGAUGAAAUGAAGAAUGAGGAGAUCAUUGGGAUGGAAAUAGGAGUUCCAACAGAUGUGAAGCAUGUGACUCACAUAGGAAUAGAUGGUGCCUCUACUUCAAUCCUUUCUAGGAGUUGGGAACAUCUCAAAACCCCUGAUUUCCUUACUCUCUCUUCUUAAUUAAAACAUUAUUAUAUUUUCUGAUUUUUCCACUGUCAAAUGAAUCAAUUUGCAAGAAGGAAAUGUUAAGUGUCUUUAGUGCCAACAUAUAUGUGUAUUAAGGCUUUGGGAUUAUUCCCAAAAAUUUGUUGUUUGUACAGUGAUGGCUUCUUAAUUGUCUUCUUAUGUGUGAGGUGUGGGAAAAACAUCCAAAUCUAAAGGUAUUGAUCAGAUCUACUCUCCCCGUCCAUAUUUAUGUGAAUA